UGCUACUGCUGAGUACUCGGUCUUUAUAAAUUAGAAAAUAUGACUUAAGAUUUAACUUAUAUUGUCUAUGCGAUAUUCCGAGCUCCAAAACCGUGUGAUUCUGAAGUUAAUACAGUGAAUCGUACCUACGUUCUGGGCCCCGAUUCCAGGGCCGAGACCGAAUGUACGUUAUUUGCGGGAAAUACAAGUUCGCGCCACAUUCAUUGUUGCUACUGGCUGUUUGCAGCAGAUGGCUGGAUGUGAGGGAGGUUGUGUGGUUGAAAUAUGUGGAAAUUUGGAGCCUGUUGAUCGUAUUACUUGUUAAUAAGCACGUGCCGUGUAUGAUUUUUGAGUUGGUUUUAGUGUGGGCAUUAAAUCGAGUGUAUUGAGGAAAGUAAAUGAACGUAAAUUUGUAAUUAUGGCACGGUGACUGCGGCUAACCAAGCCAAUCACAAAACAAAAGACUACACCUUCAAAUGCUCGGCAUCAUUGCAUCCUUUUUUUGUGAUCAUGUAACAUUUUAAAAUUUUAGUGAAGAGUUGCAGUUAUACUUCAUGCCGUGGCUGGAUGUUUUUGCUUUUCAUUAAUAGAUAGUGUGCCACUAGCGGCAUGCCUCGUGGGAGAAGGCCUGCUGCAUUGACUAAUAAUGGGACCCGAAAUAUCAGCACACCAGAAGCUAAACUGGGUGAGCAGCAUUAUGUUGAUAUCACAACUGCAGAAGAGGUGACAGUUGUUACACCAACUUCAUAUCAUCUGCUUGAUCAUGAAUAUGGUCAGACACCACAGAACCAGAUAAUAAGGUGCCCUGCAGUUCCACCACCCAGGAGUGAGAAUGUUAAACGGCGCUUAAAUCUGGAAACAUCACCAGCAAGUGAUGCUGGUUUCAAGACUCCUCGCUCCAAAACUCGUUUGAGGACAGCAUCCAGCUCAAGUUCUUGCUCAUAUGGAAGUCCAAUACCAAAAGGGAAAAAUGUAGAACGAACGCGAUAUGAUACAUCCCUUGGCCUACUGACAAAAAAAUUCUUAAAUUUACUCCAGUCUUCACCAAAUGGUGUUGUUGAUCUCAAUAAAGCAUCAGAAUCUUUGGAUGUCCAGAAGAGGAGGAUAUAUGACAUCACUAAUGUGCUUGAAGGCAUUGGAAUUCUGGAAAAGAAGUCAAAAAACAACAUACAAUGGAGAGGUGGCAGUAUGGUUGGCAGUUCGGGGCUGUCAUCUGCAAGUAAACUGCAGUGUGAUAUAGAAGACUUGGAAGCCAAAGAAAAUGAUCUUGAUGCACUGAUACAAAAUGCUGAGGCCAAUCUACGCCAAAUGAGUGAAAAUAAACGUUACGCUUACAUCACAUACCAAGAUUUAAGGAGCAUUGCAGAAUACCGCCAACAAACGGUGAUGGCUAUCAAAGCCCCACCAGAAGCAAAACUUGAAGUACCAUCAGCAAGUGAGGGCCUGACAAUGCAUAUGAAGAGCCAGCAUGGUGAAAUUGAGGUUUUCCUUUGUCCAGAAGAACCAGCACCUCAACCCACUCCUGAUCUGGAACUGUCAGAAGAUUUUGUAAUUAAGGAUGAAGAUCCAAUAGGAAGGGAAUGUGACGAAGACAUAUUACCAGGUCCCAGCAGCCUUGGUCCUCUUAUGGGAGGCAAGCAGUCAGAUCCACAUCUUCCUACAGCUGCAGAACCAGAUACCAUGCUGGACAUGGGAUUUUCGUCAUAUUGCGAGCCUUUCCUGUCGCUGGAGCCUCCACUGUCUGAUGCAGACUAUAACUUCAGUUUGGAUGUGGAUGAGGGGCCUUAUGGAUCUCUUUGAUUUUUCUUAAAACCAGAAGUGCCCUUUCUUGUGAGAUGCUGUGUUACAUAUAUGGGUAUCAUUCCUGUACAUAAAUUGUAUUGUCUAAUGCAUUCUGUGAAUCAUACUAUAUUCAAAGUGCUGUAGAUGUAACAAAUCAUGUAACUGUAACGUUGCACUGGCAUGCUGAAACACUAUUUUUGCACGACCAGUCUUACCCAUUUCUAGCAGUUAAAAGGAGAGAUCUUUCAUAAAGAAGUGAUUGUUUAAUCUGGGAAACACCAAAGAAAUUCUUAAUUUUACCAGUGUACAAAAGAAAGGAGAUUACUCCAUAAUUUCCCUUUAUUGCAAUGAACUUCAUUGUAAAAUUACUGCAAUUUUUUAUUAUUAUUAUUUCCUUGGCCCUCUAAAGGGUAAUCUGUGCAUCAGUGUUGUGGAUUUGUGGAUAACAAUAUCAGUCUCACAGAAAGUACUGUUAUUUAUGUGACAUGAGGUUGUUGUGCUUAUUGUUGAAUGUUUUUUCUGGAACAUUACAUGUGUGCUGUUAUGAUGGGAAAAAAAUGUUAGCAUUGAAACAUUUAUUUUUUACACAAUUGCAGUGUUAAUAAUGUAACUUUUAAUCUUACCUGUGCCAUUAUUUUUUAAAGAAAAAAACAGUGAGUAACCUUUGUGGUCAGGGAUAAAUUAUAAUACGUUUUGUAAAUUAUUUACCGUAAUACUAAAUAUUUAGAUUUAAUUUAUAAGCAUAGUUAAUUUAUUUUGCACAGAAAAAUUCAAAUCUAUCUCAUGAGUCUUCUAUGUAAAGUUAAAGCAUCAUUUUUAAUAUCGGGAAGUGGAUCAAGUACAGUAAAUACUACUACUACUAUAAAUUUGACUAUUCUUAAUUAUUUGUUUUUCACUAUGAAAUUUGCUGUUCCAGUUGAAAUGAAAUACUCCAAGUACAUAAUGAAUUGGAGGUUCUUUAUUUGAUGUUAUGAUGCAAAAAAAGUGUGUUACUGUGGAAGGUGAAGCGAUCAGAACAAUUUUUGGGCAGUUCUCUGUCAUCUAGGCUGUGCAAAAUGUAUCCAUUGUGUUGCACCAAAUGUCUUUUUAAAUGCCAUGAUUGUAGUUGACCUGGAAUGAAAUAUUUUUUAUGUUAUUUAUGAGUGUGCAUCCCUGUAUUAUAGCUUAACAAACUUGCACUGUACAUCAGCUAAUAAUAGGCUGUGUUUUGUAUGUAACUUUUUUUAUUUUUCCCCCUGUCAUUUGCCUUUUAUCAGCAUUCCUUCUCCGUGGUCCUAUCAUGUUGCACAUUUCAUUGUAUUUUGUAAUUACCUCAAGUUUAUCUGGAAGAUUCAGCCCACAUGAUGUUGCACUUAUUUGUGUGAUUUGAACUAUUAUAUGUUUGUUAUAGUGUGAUUUUAUUUUCUAUUGUUCGUGAUAUAAUAUCCAAUAAUAUUCUUAUACAAAAAGAUCUUUUACUUUUGAAAAUAAAAGAACUUAUAUUUCUAUUUA